UUAGUCGUCACUUGCCUGUUACUUGACAUCUGUAGGUCAACUAGCUCUCUUGGCAUGCUCGUAUGUUGUGAAUAAACCAAUUUUCUUAGGCAAGAGUAACCUGAUUAAACCAUAUAGUUUUGUUGAAAGAAAGUGAUUGGAAAAAAUUCAAUAUAUAGGAUCCAAUGGCUGCAAGAUUUGGUAGAAGAAAAGAUCGCAAUGGGGAAGUUUUGCCCUUGUAUGAAACACGAUCUUCGGCGCAUAUGGACGAUUUGGAAGGCAUCAAUGAAGAUCGAAUUGCAAACUUAACGGGAAAAGUACAGUCUCUGAAAUCGUUGACGAUGAAUAUUGGUACAGAGAUUACUUCGUCAACGAAACUAAUGGAUACUAUGAAUGAAUCAUACUUUACGACAAAAAACGUACUGAAAGGCACAAUGGGCCGAUUGAAUAAGGUUUCCAAGAGUAGUGGUAUUUCCAUAUGGACUUGGCUAGUUUUCUUUUGUAUAGUGGCAUUGGUGUUCGUCUUGGUUCGAUAUUAGGGCUGUGGCCGUGGUAUCGGUACCGUAAACGUAUUCAAUGGAAAUAUUUGGCUACUUUUAUUGAAUGAAGGGCUGGUCCCUUAUACACUUGUUAUUCUCGGAUACAUUAUUAUUAUAUUAAAUUGAAGCAUUUCGUUUUCUUGAAGAUCUACGCUUCCCACCAGGUUGGUAUGGAUAUACUUAUGAGUGAUUGAGCAGCAUCGUGAACAAUAAUUGAUGACAUCUUAUUUUAAGACUGUAAAUAUUCUCAAUUUUAUUCUUCGUUUUUCUUUCUGAAGUCCCAAAGACUGGAUAUCGAUUUUGUCGGUGCUUAUAUUUUCUUGUCACUGUCUAGUGUUAAUUUAAAACUAGAAAGCAAGGUUCUGAAUAUGUACUCAUUGGGCUCAUUUUACAAUCAUUUGGAAAUAAAUAGGUCGGCUUUUAUGAAUGAAAUGAAAUCCAUCUUUCUGAUAACUAGCUCAGCUUAACAUCAUAUACAAGCAUAAAUAUUCGAUCACAUUUGAAAUUUAUUUCUUAAUAGUAUCUUAUAUUUUUAUGAAAACUCCUAACAUUUUCACGGUAAUAAAAACAUUACCACUUAGCGUUUAUAUGAC